AUGUGCUCAUCUGAUAUCUUCCUCGGCUUGAUCGCUAUCCUCUUUCCCCCUCUGGCAGUCUGGGUAAAACGCGGCCUCUGCUCCGCAGACUCCCUAAUCAACAUCCUCCUCUGCAUGCUCGGAUUCCUCCCCGGUCUCCUACACGCCUGGUACAUAAUCGCCAAAUUCCCGGAUGAAGAAUACAACUACGACCGAAUCCCCGAUGCGGAAGGCGCUCGCGUGACAUAUGUGGUAGUGCAAGGACCGAGUGGGCGAUCGCAACGGGUGCCGAAGAAUGCGAGAGUGCAGCAGCAGCAUCAGCAACAGGGUUAUGGAACGACGGCUCCCAUGGAAGCACCGACUGUUCAGCAGCAGCAGAAUGGUACGUGGGCGGUUGCGGGUGAGGGACAGGCGCACGGUGGUGAGGGAAGUAGUGGUGCGGUGCCUCCUUCGUAUGCGGAGGCUGUUAAAGGGGAUCAUAAGGUUCAGUCGAGGGAUUAG